GACUAGUCCAAUCCAACAAAGUAGAAGAGGGGAGGGUUCUGGAAGGAAGGAACUUUUUCUUCUUCUUCUUCUCCACCUCGCCGGCGCCGUCUGCCAUCACCCACCACACCACACCACACCACACCGCACCUAGCUCGGAGACGAGAUGGUGUCGGACGCCAGCAAGAAGAAGGCGGCGCAGAAGAAGGCCGCCGCCGCCGCAAAGAGGGGCGCCAAGGUGCCCGCCUCCUCCUCCGCAUCGUCUUCCGCCUCCGCCAACAAGACUGGGGCCAAGGCCGCUGCCGACGCCCUCGCCGCCGUCCAGCUCUCGGACCGCACCUGCACCGCCGUGCUCACCUCCCACCCGCUCUCCCGCGACAUACACAUUGAGUCUCUCACUUUAACAUUCCACGGCCACGACCUACUUGUAGACACAGAACUGGAGCUCAACUACGGCAGGCGCUAUGGUUUGCUUGGUCUGAAUGGCUGCGGCAAGUCCUGCCUUCUCAAAGCAAUAGGGUGCAGGGAGCUUCCUAUCCCUGACCACAUGGAUAUAUACCACCUCAGCCAUGAGAUCGAGGCUUCAGACAUGUCUGCGCUUGGAGCCGUCAUUAGCUGUGAUGAAGAAAGGGUCAAGCUGGAAAAGGAAGCUGAAGUUUUGGCUGCUCAAGAUGAUGGCGGUGGUGCAGCUUUGGAGCGCGUAUAUGAGCGGUUAGAAGCAAUUGAUGCAUCCACCGCUGAAAAGCGUGCUGCUGAGAUUUUGUUUGGCUUAGGCUUUAACAAGCAGAUGCAGGCCAAGAAAACCAGGGACUUUUCUGGCGGUUGGCGCAUGAGGAUUGCUUUGGCAAGAGCUCUGUUCAUGAAUCCAACCAUCCUUUUGCUCGAUGAGCCUACCAAUCAUCUUGAUCUUGAGGCAUGCGUGUGGCUGGAAGAAACGCUGAAGAAAUUUGACCGUAUACUUGUUGUGAUAUCACACUCUCAAGACUUCCUGAAUGGAGUAUGUACCAACAUCAUCCACAUGCAGAACAGGAAGCUGAAGCUGUACACUGGGAAUUUCGACCAGUAUGUCCAGACGCGAUCUGAGCUGGAGGAGAACCAGAUGAAGCAGUACAGGUGGGAGCAGGACCAGAUUGCGUCGAUGAAGGAGUACAUCGCGCGCUUCGGGCACGGGUCCGCCAAGCUGGCACGUCAGGCCCAGAGCAAGGAGAAGACGCUGGCCAAGAUGGAGCGCGGCGGGCUGACGGAGAAGGUGGCGAGGGACAGGAUCCUGACGUUCCGGUUCGCCAACGUGGGCAAGCUCCCGCCGCCGGUGCUGCAGUUUGUGGAGGUGACGUUCGGGUACACGCCGGACAACCUGAUCUACAAGAAGCUGGACUUUGGCGUGGACCUGGACUCGCGGGUGGCGCUGGUGGGGCCCAACGGGGCGGGUAAGAGCACGCUGCUGAAGCUGAUGACGGGGGAGCUGGUGCCGCUGGACGGGAUGGUGCGGCGGCACAACCACCUGCGGAUCGCGCAGUUCCACCAGCACCUGGCGGAGAAGCUGGACCUGGACCUGUCUGCGCUGCAGUACAUGCUGAACGAGUACCCGGGUAACGAGGAGGAGCGGAUGCGGGCGGCGAUCGGCAGGUUCGGGCUGUCGGGGAAGGCGCAGGUGAUGCCGAUGCGCAACCUGUCGGACGGGCAGCGGAGCCGGGUGAUCUUCGCGUGGCUGGCGUGGCGCGAGCCGCAGAUGCUGCUGCUGGACGAGCCGACGAACCACCUGGACAUCGAGACGAUCGACUCGCUGGCGGAGGCGUUGAACGAGUGGGACGGGGGCCUGGUGCUGGUGAGCCAUGACUUCAGGCUGAUCAACCAGGUGGCGCAGGAGAUCUGGGUGUGCGAGAAGCAGGCGGUGACGCGGUGGGAGGGGGACAUCAUGGAGUUCAAGGAGCACCUGAAGAGCAAGUCGGGCGGCAUGUCGGACGACUGAGCCUAUCUAUCUAUCUAUCUAUCUAUAUCUAUCUAUCUAUGUGUCAAUGUGUAGAAGAUGUUUGCAUUCUGCUGCUGCUGCUGGGUGAGAUGUUCUCUAGGGUCUACUGUAGUUAGUAUUUGAUGAAGAGUUGUUAUGAUGAAGAUGAAGUUAUCCAUGCAUGCAUGCAUGCAUAUGACGGGUGAUGCCUAAACUCCUCAUGUUUGUGCGGCGGCAAAGGCACCAAACAGAUGCGUGUAAGCAAGGCUACUACAGUACUAUUUACUAUCAAAGUUGUUGCUUGUCACCUGAAACUGAAACUCUGUUUUUAUUAAGUUUAUUCUUGGCUGGCUGGCUGGCUUGUAUAAUGAAUGAAUUGCAUACGGCA